UAAUGUCCCUCCCGGCGUCGCGAGCCACCCUGCGUAACGAGCCAGCAUCGGACACAUUCUUCGAUAACAUUCUGCAACACCUGUAUUAAUGAACUCCGACAUGUCUGAGGUGUAGACUAGAAUGCCAGCUUCCUAUCGACCGCUCUAUAUCCUAUUCGGGUCCAUCUCGCAGAUACUGUCAUCGAUUCUAUCCUUGUGCAAAAUUCGACCCGGCCGAUCGAUCGCUUUGUUACGGGUCAACUGCCAAAGGGCGGUUUACUCGAGGGGGUUCUUGAGAAUGAGUGGUGCAACAGGAUAUCUGAAAGGGGCUUUGAUUCCAAUGGUUAAGUUGGUAACAUGAGUUCAACACGAACAGACAUAAGGUCCGUUCGUCCUACCUAUAUAUAUAAGUUAGGUACAAAGG